GGCAAAUCACCAACUGUCAUUUUCAUAGCGACUUCAUAGUUCAUUGUAUUUGUCGCAGAUUUUUCUAAAAAUAAACUGUUUCGUUUAAUAUUAAAGUAUUUCUUUUGUGGUGUGUACAGAUAAAUAGUUAAACUGGCGUAAAUAAAAUAACAAAAUGUCUAACUUCGAGGACAACCCGUUUAGUGAUCCCGCCAUUGACAAUCCCUUUGCUGACCCUGCAGUGCAGCAAGUUGCUAGGAAUACCAGUGCUGUCACUCAAGGGCUUGACGACUAUAACCCAUUUGAUGGCCAACAAAAUGCAAAUCAAUCUACGCUUCCACAACAACCAACUCAGCCUGCUAUCAUGCAAGCCGUUUCACCACCUGCAACUGGUCAAUAUACUAGACCUGGGCCAGCAGCCCAAACUCAAGCUCCACCUUCAAACUUUACAACGGCUGACUUUCAGGAGUUGAAGAGACGACAAGAAGAGUUAGAGAGAAAAGCAGAAGAACUAGCAAGACGUGAGGCGGAACUACGUGCUGGCUCCGCAGGCAGAAGAAAUAACUGGCCUCCAUUGCCAGCUUUCUGUCCAGUACAACCCUGCUUUUAUCAGGACAUAAAUGUGGACAUUCCCCUAGAAUUUCAAAGGAUUGUGAGGCAUCUAUAUCACUUGUGGAUGUUUCAUUCCCUUGUUCUGUCCAUGAACAUCAUUGGCGGAAUGGCCAUGAUGAUUGCCGGAAUAGACGGCGGAGUAACCGUCUUUGGCUUAUCAAUUCUGUACUUCAUUCUUCUAACACCAUUCAGCUUUAUAUGUUGGUACAGACCGAUAUACAAAGCUUUCAGAAGUGACUCCUCCUUUAAUUUUAUGGUGUUCUUCUUUAUAUUCCUUUUUCAAAUAAUUAUCACUGUGGUACAAUCUAUUGGAAUCGAAAACGGAGGCUCGUGUGGACUGAUCAUGUGCCUCGAAACAUUUGGUAAGAAUGUGGGCGUCGGAAUCGUCACUCUCAUUGUCACUAUUGGCUUUAUUACCUGCGUUGUAGCUGAUAUUUUGCUUAUGACUAAGGUCCACCGUAUCUAUCGCUCUACGGGAGCGUCGUUAGCAAAGGCCCAAGCAGAAUUCACGACCGAAAUUCUACGCAACCAACACGUGCAAACCGCUGCUUCGAACGCCGCCGCCGCCGCCGUGAACGCUCAGAUUAACGCUAACGCUAACAGAUAUUAACGGAUUUUCGACGACGACCACGGCGAGGAAGUACAUAAUGUAAUUGUGAAAUUGUAUAUUUAGAACAUGUUUCGGUCUGACUAUGUAUUGAGAUUAUGUGGCCAGUGUCAAAGUAGAAAUUCAUGUCAGCUAGGCGUGAACAUUAUAUUUUUUCUUAAGACAUCAGUACAGAGGCCCGUAUUUCAGAACAUGAAUCAAGCCUAGGUUCAAGAUCUAUCAAUUUUACUAUCUUGAGAUAUGUUUUGGAAUUUGCCUUCAACAUAAUAUUGUUUAAAUCUAAGUGUUAGUAAUAAAUACAUGUAUGACAAGCUUGUUAAUAUAUUUAAGAAAAUGUAAUGCACGCUUGUUCAAUUUAAUUUUAUCAAAAUUAUUUUAACUAUCGAAAUAUGUUGCCAAUUGUUGUAUUUAAUAUUGCGAUUAUUUUAUAAUGUAAAAAGUAUUUCAUAUAAAUUAUUGCGCAAAAAGCUGGAAUUACUUAUCGCUAUAUUUAUUUUAAAACACAUGAGCUUACGGACGCUUUAAAUAUUUAAGUACUCCCAAAUAUUCCUGCAUUUCUGAGGCAUAAACAUUAUUAUAGAAUUAAUAUCUAAAAUAUAUUAUUUAAUUAGAAUCGAAUUUAGCUUUUCAUUAUUCAAAAUUAACAUUCCACUUGGGCCAGUGUAUAUAUAUUGCUUAUCGACCCUUCGAGAACAUUAAUUCAUUAAAACUUUUAUUAUAGGACACGUUUUACAGCUAGCUAAUAAAUUACAUAUUUCAGAACGUAUCUCAAAGUCGAACUAAUUUCCAUAUAAUAUGUCUACCCAAUUUUUCUAUUGUCAAAAAUGUAUUGAGCAAAAGUUAUAAUUUGAGAAACGUUUUGGAAUGGAGGCAUUCAGAACUAAUACAUACAGAUAAAUACAUAAUUAAGUAAUAUGUUAUCGAUAAUGAGGAAUGAAAUGCGUAUAACCUCGAUACUUUUUCCCUGAGCCACAACUAUGGCACCGAAGUAUUUUCGAUUUGGGGUCAAAUUAUAAAGCCCGAGCACUAGCGAGCGUUUUGGCUUUGUUCAUGGGCGAUGAUAUCACUUAAUUAAAAUAAAUAAGAGGUGAUCCUUCAGCCCAUGUCCCUCCUAUUGUAUAAAAAGAACGACAUUAUUAAAGCUCUAUAUUUAAAGGUCAUCCCAAUCUGUGGCCAAAUGUAUUGUCUGCCCUUGUAAUGACUGAAUAAUAAUAUAACAUUAGCUAGCUGUGAAACGAAAAGAUAGUAUGUGCGUUUGAAUAACUUAACUUUGUGUGUAACUUGCCGUGUGUUAUUAGAUUAUGCACAAGACUUAUCUACACAAUAUUAAGAAUAAAAUGUACCUAGUCACUCGACUAAUGGUUUCCAUAAUCUAAGAACAUUUUUCUAUUAAAUUUCAAGCAUACUUUACUGGAUUUUUUCUAAAGGCUCAUUUACAAGAGUUCAAAGAGUUUGGCGGCAUUUUGAAAAGUCAUAGAGUAAUGAGUAUAUAAUGCCUUACCUACACAGAUUGCUAAUCUAUUCAGACACUUGUAAUAGCCUCUAUUGUAUUUUUGAUUGAUAUGUAAAGCAAUUUGACACUGUAAGAUAUAUCUGGGCCUAGUUUAAUGUAAAUUAUUAUCAGACCGUCCUUACCCAGAUAAUGGUAAGUGAAGGCGUAGAUUUAUCUUGUUUAACUGUUUUUUAACGAUUAAGUCAUGUUAUAAACUUAUGAUAAAUAAUAAAUAUAAUUUCUGAAAA